GCGGCGGCCCCGGGCGCGGCUGUGGCUCCCCCUCGGCGCUGCUCCUGCCGCCGCCGCGCGCCCGCACCGGCCCCACCAGCCCCCCCGCCCCCCUCACCGCCAUUCCGCCCCAAAACUUUCCGUUUCCCCCUUCCCACUCUCCGGGACUUCCUUGUGCCGCCCGUGCGCGCGGAGGGGAGGGGGGGGAGGAGGCGUGUGCGGCGGCGGCGGCGGCGAGGGGGGAUUCGCAGCCUCCUGGCAGGCUGGCCGGGACCCCGGGGGAAGAGGAGUUGCACCAUGCGCGGCAAGUGAGGAAAAGUCUCCGCCAGCAGCAGCGCCGCCGCCCCCCGCAGAAGUUGGGGCUCUCCCCGCCCGCGGGAGCGGGAGCUGUGCCUUUAACGCCCGCUGCGCCGCGAGGUACCUAAGGAUAAAACUGGCCUGAAGGGGAAAUCUGGGGGAAACUGGGGAACCUGACUGUUCUUGCACCUGACCCUCUCAGCUGUCAGAUGCGGUGAUCUCCAUGGUAACUCAAACCCCCAGACUCUUGACAGCAGCCUGCGAGGAGCAGCAUUCAGCAGCUCAAGGGUCUCACGACCAGAGCGUGGAUCACACUUCUCGUAGACCUCAUCAUAUUGAGGUUGGGCUAAGAUGAGCAUAACCAGUGACGAAGUGAAUUUCUUGGUGUAUCGCUAUCUCCAGGAAUCGGGUUUCUCCCACUCGGCCUUUACCUUCGGUAUCGAGAGCCACAUCAGCCAGUCCAACAUCAACGGAACACUAGUGCCACCUGCCGCACUCAUCUCCAUCCUCCAGAAGGGGCUCCAGUAUGUGGAGGCUGAGAUCAGCAUCAACGAAGAUGGUACAGUAUUUGACGGCAGGCCAAUAGAGUCACUGUCUCUGAUAGACGCGGUGAUGCCUGAUGUUGUUCAGACCCGACAGCAAGCGUUCAGAGAGAAACUCGCUCAGCAACAAGCCAGUGCAGCGGCAGCAGCAGCAGCAACGGCAGCGACAGCGGGAGCAACGACGACUGCUGUUUCCCAGCAGAACACACCAAAGAACGGAGAAGCCACUGUGAAUGGAGAGGAGAAUGGGGCACAUGCAAUAAAUAAUCAUUCAAAGCCAAUGGAAAUUGACGGGGAUGUUGAAAUUCCUCCUAACAAAGCAACAGUCCUUCGGGGCCAUGAAUCAGAGGUGUUCAUCUGUGCCUGGAACCCUGUCAGUGACCUGUUAGCAUCUGGAUCCGGAGACUCAACGGCCAGAAUAUGGAAUCUCAAUGAAAACAGCAACAGCGGUUCCACUCAACUAGUUCUGAGGCACUGCAUAAGAGAAGGAGGACACGAUGUCCCCAGCAAUAAGGAUGUGACUUCAUUGGACUGGAAUAGUGAUGGAACACUAUUGGCUACAGGCUCAUAUGAUGGUUUUGCAAGAAUAUGGACAGAAGAUGGUAACCUUGCAAGCACCUUAGGUCAACAUAAAGGUCCAAUAUUUGCCCUGAAAUGGAACAAAAAGGGGAAUUAUAUUUUAAGUGCUGGUGUUGAUAAAACAACAAUAAUUUGGGAUGCUCACACAGGAGAAGCUAAACAGCAAUUUCCUUUCCAUUCAGCUCCUGCUCUGGAUGUAGACUGGCAGAACAACACUACUUUUGCCUCCUGCAGCACUGACAUGUGCAUUCACGUGUGCAGACUUGGCUGUGAUCGCCCCGUUAAAACCUUUCAAGGACACACAAACGAAGUUAAUGCAAUCAAAUGGGACCCAUCUGGCAUGCUACUAGCAUCUUGCUCCGAUGAUAUGACAUUAAAGAUUUGGAGCAUGAAGCAAGAUACCUGUGUACAUGAUCUUCAGGCUCACAGCAAAGAGAUUUAUACUAUCAAAUGGAGCCCUACAGGACCAGGCACCAGCAACCCAAACUCCAAUAUCAUGUUAGCAAGUGCUUCGUUUGAUUCCACUGUUCGGCUGUGGGACGUUGACCGAGGAGUCUGCAUCCAUACGUUAACAAAGCAUCAAGAGCCCGUCUACAGUGUAGCUUUUAGUCCUGACGGAAAAUAUCUAGCCAGUGGGUCCUUUGACAAAUGUGUCCAUAUAUGGAAUACUCAGAGUGGAACUCUAGUACAUAGCUACAGAGGCACCGGGGGCAUCUUUGAAGUCUGCUGGAAUGCUAGAGGAGACAAAGUGGGAGCAAGCGCGUCAGACGGAUCGGUUUGUGUUCUAGAUCUGCGGAAGUAAAAGUGAAAUGUUUUAGAAGAAAUUUCAAAUGGACCAGCAGUGAAUGUGUGGGGAGAAGCACUCUUCAAAACUAUUCUUAACAGCUCCAGAACUGUACGAACUUGAACAAAGUUAGAGUGUACCGUGAAACCAACUCUCCCUGGCCGCAGGUGACUAGUAUUUUGUCCGUAACCUUCAUCAAGGAGUUAAAACGCAGUCACUUCAGAGGGGGAGGGAAUGGUUUCCACCUGGAACAUUCAGCCUUGGAAGCAUGAAGCCACCAGCUAGGCAUUGCACUGUUUGGUUUGCAUCUGAGAACUUGCUCUGAUGGCUGGGAAAAAAAAAAAAAGCUGUGCCAAAAAAAAUUAAUAAUAUAAAAAAAAAAAAAAAAAAAAGAAAAAUGCUGUGAUAAACCAAAAGGGAAAAAAAAAUCCUCCUCCAUGCGGUGUUGUAUUUUUUCCUUCCAAUUUGGACACUACAGUUGCUCUCCCAAAGGACGUUCAAAGACCAGUUUGUACUGAUGAAAUGCUCAACUUUGUAAUCACAACACUUUCUAUUUUCUAGACUACUUUUUUGUUCAGUGGUUUUUCUAUCAGCUGGAAUAUUACAGCCUGGAGGAUACCAGGCUUAGGAUGAAACUUUUGUUUUCCUUUUAUUUCUCCCUUCCACUCCCAACUUCUCCUUCCUUUUUUUUUUCUCCUCUUUCUUCUUGGCCAUUUUUUAUUUUUUUUUCUUUUUUCCCUGUAUGCCCAUAGUAGAUGCAACCAGGUGGACAUGACAAUGAAAAUUUUUGACAGACUGCUUCUCCUCUCUUCUAUCUCUUCCUUUUCCUUUCUUUUUCUCCAUUUAAAAGAAAAAAAAAUCCUCCAUGCUUCAGAUCUUAGCGUCUCAAGGGCACUUUCAGCAAAUUGUGUAAUAAGUGCUUUAUAUAAGAAUGCAGUGCUGGGGAAGAUUUUUACAGGAGAAAGAUGACUUUUAACAGAAAGAACCCAGUGUAUUUUUGGAAAAAAAAAUAUUUUUUAUGUUAAACAGUUUUAAAAGCCUAAAAUUACCACAAAAUGUAGACCAGUUGUGUAAUUCAAGCAAAAAGAAUGACACAGAGUCCAGGUAACAUGAAAGGUGCAGUAUCCUUUUUCUCUUCUUUCUCAGAAAGUGCUGUAAGAAAAAAUGUCAUUUGAUACAAUAAAUACCAGUCCUUUACUAAGGGCCUUCUUCCAGCAUCCAGCCAUUUAUAUAGUCUCUUUUCAUUUUUUAUGGCUGUUUGGUGAGGUACACUAAUUCAAAGAGAUUCAUAAGAUUGAGACUAUAAAUACAGCAUUCAUUUGCUCUAGUCUAUAUUGUUGUUUGUUUUCAGUAGCCAGGAGAAAAUGCUUGUGUAUCUCCUUUCCUCUAGAGAUAGUUCAGAUUUCGACAGAACAUGGGUUUGGCUGCCUGUGGCCUUACUGAGCAGUGCUUUCUUCCACUGUUCAUCCCACUCAGCUGUUUCCAUUCCAGUAAGUCAGUGGGGUUUUACCACUGACUUGGAUGAGACCUGGUGAACUGAAAUACAUUGACUGCAUCUGUCACGGUUGAAGAAUGGGUUCUUGCCAGGCUCCUGUCCAUCCACAGACCACAAACACCAGGAAGCAGGCUCUUCCAUUGCACCUGGUGGUAUGUGGUGCUGCUGUCACCCUUGGCCGUGCGUGUGCUGCAUCCUGCUAGGAAAGCUCUGGGUCUGCACUUGGAGGCUCACUGUCUGCCCAGGCAGGUUUAGCCUUGAGUCCUCAGUGUGGUACUUGGAAGACAACCAUGAAUUCUUCGUUAGGCGACAACAGCAUAGAAGAUAUAUAAAUUGUAUCUCAACAUACAUACCGCUAUAAAGUUAAGGUGGGUGAAAUGAUCAGAAUGACAAUGGAGAGUUCCAAAGCACCACCUAUCCACUCUGGACAAGAUUUCUUUACUGUAACUCUGACACCUGCACAGAUGCCAACUGAAGACUACAUUACUCUAAGAGGAAAUGAUGGAUUCAAAGAGAGACAUAUCAGCAGAGUUUACUGGAAGUGCUCAGAACUGGCUGAGUCAAACAGGUGUCCUCUCUAUCCCACAGACUAGGCUAGGAUCUGUAGGAGAGAGAUUAACAUAUGUAGUACUUUCUUGCCCAAAGUCGAUGUAACGCAGCGUCUCCCCUUGGAUUUGAUCACAGCUGUUGUAGUGGUGAUUUGAUCUGAGCAAAUUCAGAGCCCUAGGGCUAAAAUGGUGGUGUAAGACCUGCUGAGCACCACAGCAGCAUCAUGGAAUCUGUACCCCACUUCUUCUCAUGAGUUUUCUUCUCUUUAUGCUUGCAUCUAUAGAGGAUCUUAGUCCUUCCAGUGGAACUAGUCACUGCCAGCUUCAGCUAUGUUUCUUGAAAAUACACCUUUGGAAAGGAGAAAAGAACAACAGAAGGAAAUAACUGCUGAAAGUGUUUCUCAGUCCUGAUGCGAAAGCAGUUAUUAAUGUCAGUCAGGCUUGUUUGUAAUUUAUCUCAAAUAGUUGGAUGCUAGAAGGUAUCAAGGAUUAUUUUUGGUGUUAAAUGCAUUUUUGCGUUGGUUUUAAUUUUCUGCUCCAAGAGCUUGGGCUGUAGAUCAUCAUGUGGCAGUUUUGCACUGUUUCAUAAUAACCACAUGUACCUACUAAUUUAAAGUCAUUACUCUUUUUUUAAAAAAGACGACUUGCUCAAAGAGAGGCUUGAAUUUGAAUACAAGGGUGUAAUGUGGUUUUAUAAAGCACGGUUGGGUCAAUGAUUUGAUUACAGUCAUUGCAUGUACACGGUUAACUAACUUCCUAAGCUGCUUUUUGGUAGCAUUUCUGAGAAUAACAGGCAGAAAUUGCAGUUCUGUGGGCAGCAGAGCAGCGGAGGGCAGCACUGAUGGGGCUCUGGCAUUGCCUCUGUCCCCUAUGUGACAUAGGGGCCAGACCUCAGGAUUUGAAGAGAUGAGUUUUCUCAAUCUGAGUUCAGCAACACUGUAUGAGUGACUGGCUACAUAGGCUGUGUUUCCCAGGCUAUGCUUGUUCCCAGGAUAGCUACUGGAGAUAACAGGGUGGUGUCCAUGCCACCUCUUGCUUUUUUCUUUUUCUUUUUUUUUUCUUUUUUAAUUUGUCAGAACACCACUUUUCCUCUGCCUGCCUAUCUGGAGGUAAGAAACCAAGAGAAACAAAAUUUGAAUAUCGGUUGGUUUGCAAAGCCCACAUGUGAGAGAGGCUGCUGCUGUAAAUUUUCCAUACAGACCAUCAGAUUUAAAAGCAGCACGUUUGAGGAGCUGAAAAAUUCACCUUCCUUCCCCUCCCCAGACUCUAAAGAUUGGAAAAUCCUCAAAGGUGCUGUAGUAGAUCGUUUUUAGCUAUUAAAGGAGACAUAAGGUGUAGUUGUGAAGGUUAAUCCUAGCCUAAGGAGAUGGUUUCUUUAGGACAUGGGACAAGGGGAGAGAGAGGUUUUCCCAGCUGGUAGUUUGUCUCAGCCUAGACCUGCAGAACUGUGCUGGUAGGAGCUGUCACUUUCCUCUACCACGGUGGAGCAGCAGCAUUGCCCAGCCAGCAGAGCCUUCCUGCAGCUCCCCUAAAACAGAACUGUCGCACGAAGCGACAGGCCGGGGGACUUCGGUUUUUUUCAUAAAAUUUCUUUUUAUAAUUUUGUUUAUAGUUCUUUGUAACAGAAGAGAAAUGGAAAAACCUAAGUGACCACACAGGAUUGUGAAACCAUCCAGAGACUUGCUGGAUUUUUACCCUUGCUGGCUGUCUGGAACUGGCCCUGAAGUGAAAAAAAAUCCAGUUUCUGAAAAACCACACCGCUCUGUGGGUUAGAAGGAUACUGAAUCUUUUAUGUAGAAAACACUGGGUCCCUUAUGGGGCAAUAAAGGGCCUGACUUACAGGGUUAUACACACAUUAACCCCAUGCUACAUCUUAGAAAUUUCCUUUUAAUUUGUUUUAAAAAAAAAAAAAAAGAAAAAAAAAAAAAAUAGCUAAUUUUAGAGCCAAGUGAAGUGCACUUUGUCAAAUGUAAGGGUCUGCUUUGUUUUUGGGUUUCUUUUUCUUUUUCCCUUUUAAUUUUUCCUCCGUUUUUUUCCUCUUACUGCCUUUUUAAAAUAUGUGGUUCUUUGUCAAUUGCAGAAAUGUUCUUUCAGCCACUCACUGAAAUUCUGAAUUCUGGCUUCUGCAGUUUUUAUUGUCUGUGUCAGACUUGCAGCCAGACUUGGUUCUCAUUUCAGCAUUUCCCAGGUUCUGUUGAAACAACAUCAACCCUUAUUUUGUUUCUCCCCCACCCACACUUUCUUCAAAUUCACUUUGUGUAUUGUAGCUCAUUUGUUUUAAGGAGAGAAUCAACAGAUCAUAUUCAGUGUCUUGAAUAAAUUGCUAUAUUUUGAUAUUAGAGAA